AUGGAGAAAUCUCUGGAGUUGGCCAACAUGACUGGAGUCCAGGAGUUUAUCCUGAUAGGUUUGUCCACAAGGGUGGGCAUAAAGGAUGCUCUGUUUACCAUCUUCCUGACCCUCUACCUGCUGACCUUCUUGGAGAAUGCUCUCAUCAUCUACCUCAUCUGCAGUCACAGUGAGCUCCACAAGCCCAUGUACUUCUUCCUGGGCAAUCUGAGUUGUCUGGAGUUGUGCUAUGUGUCAGUGACCAUGCCCAGCCUGCUCGUGGGGCUGUGGUUGGGGCCUUGCCACGUGCCCUUCAUAGCCUGCAUAAUUCAGCUAUUUUUAUUUAUAUCCCUUAUUGGUACCAAGUGCACCCUCCUGGCCUCCAUGGCUUAUGACCGCUAUGUGGCCAUCUGCCGUCCACUCCACUACCCACUGCUCAUGCGGCCCCAGGUCUGCCUGGGCUUGGCUAUGACCUCAUGGCUUGGUGGUCUACUCUUCUCUGUGAUCAAGACUGCAUGUAUCACAAGCCUCUCCUACUGUGGUCCCAAUGUCCUCAACCACUUCUUCUGUGAUGCCUCCCCUCUGCUCAACCUGUCCUGCAACCGCAUGGCCCUGACAGAGCUGGUGGACUUCAUCUCUGCCAUCAUCAUCUUCUGUGGGUCAUUACUAGUUUCCCUGGCCUCAUAUGUGGCCAUUGGUAGGACCAUACUGUGCAUGCCAUCGGUUGCUGCCCGCUGCAAAGCCCUCUCUACCUGUGCCUCUCAUCUAGCUGUAAUGGGCAUCUUCUACUCGGUGGUCCUCUUCAUGUACUCAAGACCCAGUCACAUCGAAUCCACAGACCUCAACAAGGUGCUGUCAGUUGUCUACACAGUGGUGACACCCAUGUGCAGUCCCAUCAUCUACUGCCUGCGGAACAAGGAGGUCCACACAGCAUUAAGGAAGACUGUACACCCCCGCUGA